CAGCUACUGCAUUUCCUGGUGUGCUGUGUGUUCUGUUGUGGUAUUUUUACACAAUUCCAGCCUGCAAAAGCGGCCAUUAGAUCAAUUGAUCGUGAUGCGCACACUAUUUACUACACAAAUCGGGCGCCAAAUACACGUGGCGACUUUCAUUACGAGUUUCAAACAUCCAACGGCAUAACUACAAAAGCAGCGGGAAAUGAGCACGGUCACAGCGGCGUGGUGCAAUAUAUUUCACUUGAAGGUAUUCCCAUCACGUUGACAUACGUGGCUGAUGCCAAUGGCUAUCAUCCGAGUGGUGAUCAUAUACCCAAGUUGCCGGAACAGGUGCUGUCGUCGUCGUCGUCUUUGUUGAACUAUAAACGCCAACAACGAACUGUGGAAAAUCAGAAAAACCAAAAUGAUUGGCCUAUUUAUUACGAAAUUUAA